GUCGACGUUUCCUGAGUGGGCGGCGGUGACGUCGGCGCUUUCUGUGCGGCGGUGACGUCACCGGCAUAGGUGGUCCGCGGCGGAGGGAGGGAGACAGACAGUCAGACGGGGGAAACGACAGUCUGCCUGUCUGCGGCAAACAGCUGGCCCCCGGGGGAGGCGAGGAUGGUCAAAGAAGUCUUGAGGAGCACGAACUGCGAGUAAGAGAAGCGGGAGAAUUGUGCGGGUGAGGGAAGAGGAGGAAGGAAGGCCGGCCGCUGGGAAGAGGAGGGGGCUCGAGUAUUUGACAGGUCCCCGGGACAACGAGAAGGCCCCCCUCGGCCUGUCAGCAAGCACCAAUCCAUCCGACACUGGGACUGUACAAUCAUUGACAUAUAGUGGUUAUAUAAUUAUUAUGAAUACAAUUCAGAGAGAUACAUGUGAGGGGAUAUAAAAUUGGAAGCGGUCUGGAACUGUCAGUCCUCAGUCGCCAGGAAUCUCACCCCCGCCCCCACUCCCACUUCUUCAUUUACAUUUCCAACCUGCUUGUGGAUUAGAGGAGCCGCCGUCGAUCUCAAGAAACAGGCUGUCCCCCACCCCCAAUCCCUGGGGGAGGCAAGAUUUCAGUCGGCAGGCCCUCCCUGCACGUCGCUGCAAAGGAGCGAGACGGAGGGAGAGAGCGAGGGAGACUCGUCGUUUCAUCGAAGAGAGGACAGCGGCGCCUGCUUUUUUUUCCCCCUCUCUUGUUCACUACCAAAGUAAGGAGCUCAAUAUCAGUCUUCAGUCAGUCGCACCAGGCGUGCUUUGGAUCGACAAUGUGUUAAAAUUCAGUCUCGAGAAAGAAAGGAAGAGGAAAUUUAAAUUAGGACGACAGAAGUACGGACGAUUUGCCGUGCCUUUGGCACAUCCCACGUGAAAUAGUGAUUUGGAUCCAAGUCCCUUUCUGGUUAGAAGGUGUAUUUCCUCCCAUCUGGCGAAUGAUCAAAUCAGUGCUGAGAAAUUUCAAACGAGGAGAAGGUUGGUUCGCCACCUGCUGAGCAGAUCGUGUUUGUAUGUGUGUGUGGUUUUCGUUACUCGUCUGAAUAUUGGCAGCGGAAUCAGACUGCACAACCCGGCACUGUGUUGAUGGAAUUGAUUUGAUAGAGGAGUGCAGAUGUGGAAUCAACCGAAACUCGUAUUGUGCCUUAAGUAGCUUGAUCAUACAGAGACUUGAGACAUUUUGUUCGCGACAUUCUAAUCUUUAUCAAUGAUAUGUGACCAGAAUGUGUUGAAAUGCAUGAAGACCAUCGUGUUCUGAUUUUGUAGGCGACAGUCAUUUAACCUAAAAUUGUGGCAUAUAUAUUGGAAAAAAAUCAUCUGGCAGUUUUCCCAGUAAUGAUGACAAGUGCACAAGCAGCUAUGAGAGUGAUGGAUGGAGUUAACUUGGGUGAGGUAAUCGUAAAAAAGGAGCCAAUAUAUGAUGGAGUGGGAGAACGAAGCAAUGCGGAAAAGGAGUUUGAUGGUAGUAUUACAAACAUGCUCAAAACCCCAGGAGUAAAGCAGGAAAGUGGACAGGGCCUUGGAGUGGAGGAGACAGCACACACAGACAUGAGUGUGUCCAAAGCUUGCCUGUUGUCAGGAGUUCGUCCAUUGGAUCUUAACCCUGCUCUCAAACACACGUUGGCACAGUUUCACUUGAGCAGCCAGAGUUCUCUGGGUGGGCCAGCAGCAUUUUCGGCACGUUGUACUCAAGAAUGUAUGUCACCAGGAGGGCUUGUGCCCAUGACAUCACCUCCAGUGCUGCCAGGACCACUACUUAUACCCUCUGACAGUUCAACUGAGCUCACGCAUACUUUACUGGAGGGAGAAACUAUCUCAUGCUUCAUGGUUGGUGGGGAGAAGAGACUAUGUUUACCACAGGUCCUGAAUUCAGUGCUGAGAGAUUUCUCUCUUCAACAGAUCAACACUGUCUGUGAUGAGCUGUAUAUUUAUUGCUCAAGAUGUACUGCAGAACAGCUGCAAAUUCUCAAGGUCCUAGGCAUCUUGCCUUUCAAUGCUCCCUCUUGUGGACUUAUAACCCAGACUGAUGCACAGAGGUUAUGUAAUGCCUUGGUUCAUCCAGGCAUACUGCCUCCAGAUGCCAACAAACUCCCUGGCAAAACAUGCCUUGCCCAGUUACAGAACACUGGUUGUAGUUUUGAAGUGGAACAUUGGUGUCUUGGGAAAUGCCAAGGUCUGUUUGUGCCACAGUUGUACAGCCACCCCGAUGCUACCUGCAUUCAGUGUCUGGACUGCCACAUGAUGUUUUCUCCCCAGAAGUUUGUCCUGCAUUCACACAGGUCUCCAGACAAGAGAACCUGCCACUGGGGCUUUGAUUCAGCUAAAUGGCGCUGCUAUGUGCAGUUGAGCCGUAAAUACGCAGAAACAUCUGAAGAAAAGAUCUUACAGCAAUGUUUGGAAGAAAUGAAAGAGCGAUUCAACCUCAAUAACCAGCAGAAAAGAAUGCUUCCAAAGCAAUCUGAUUCUGAAGAACUUCAGCUGAAAAAAAUGCGGGUGGAGCAUAAAGAUCCUCAGGAUGAGCUGUGUGAGAAAAGUCUUGACAGAAAGGCUGACUCCCAGCAUCCUUUGACAUUCCAGCACUGGUAUCCAGUCAUCAAACAAGAAAUGGAUCAUCUGACUCAGCAACAUACUUCGGUUAUCCAUCCCAGCUGUCUUCUCUAUAUGUACGAUAAGGUGAUAGCUCCAAAUGUCUCAUUGGCUCCACCUUUACAACGAUGUAGAGAUGCUACUAAGUCAGUGAACAAGGAUUCUGUGAUGAGCGCACCAACAACCUUCGAAGAAGAGGCAAAACGUCAGAAGGAUAAUAAGAAUAAGAAAUUGAUUUCUCGUUUUGCAUCCUCUCCAGAAGAGGAAGUGAAUAACAUUCCGAGUGCAGAUUCCUACAAUCCAUGUUAUCGAGCCUCAGAGCCCUCUACUGAACAUGCAGAAGAAUACAUAAAAUCUAAACAUUCCAACCACAAAAAUAAACACGGGAUUGCUGUGGAACCGAAUGAAAAUACAAAUGCUAACAGAGAGACUGGGAAUUCACCUCAACGCAUUGGAAUGAAUGUGGAAGAGGAGAAUGAAAAAAUAGUGGAACAAAUUAUGAAAACUUACUGUAAACAGCAAGAGAAGCUAAACACAACUAUUCAACAGAAGAAACAUUUACAAAUGGAAGUGGAAUUAUUGCAAGUUACAAAGCGAAUGAAACUCAAAGAAUUGACUGAAGAGAAGCUUGGGCUGCAGCAAGAGCUGGAUUCUCUGCAGUCUGAGCAUGCUCAGAGAAUGAAUGCAGUCUGCGAUGAACAGGCAGAGUUGGAGUGGCGACUGGAUCAGCUGAAGCAGGGUUGUUUGUGUGACCAUACAACAGAAAGGAGCCAAGAGGCUGAGUACACAGCACAGUUAUCAGAGUUGAGGCAGAGACUGGACCGAGCAGAAGCAGAUCGCCGAGAACUUCAAGAAGAACUGAGAUGUGAGCGUGAAGCUCGAGAAAAACUGGAAGCCAUGGUUAAAGAACUGAAGCUUCAGAUCUUAGAAAGCUCUGGAAAUAAAGCUGGCACUGAGGUGAACUCUGUGGCAGAUUGAUAAUAAAAGCUUGACUGAUGACCAGCUACAUGAAGUGAGCAAUUGCUCAAAAAAAGGAAAGACUGUUAAGUUCAGUCCUUGAACCUACAGCUGCAAGAAAUCUUUUCAACUGAGUAGCAGCUGCAUUGGGAUACUGGAGUUUAUUUUAACUGAUUCAGUUUAGAGCAAAAAGUAGAAACCUUGGUUGAAACUCAUUCAGUUUUGUGUAUAUAAUGCGUGCACACACUCAAUACAAAGUGAAAUGCCAUAGCAUGGGAAAAAUGUUGUUUUGUUAACUUCGAAAAAUUUAUAUGCAUGGAGAGCCAGUCAAACGUCAUAAUAGUCCUCUUUCUCAAUGCCUUUGUAAAUGGCUUUUGUUAAAAGCAUCAGCAGCAUCAGUACCAGUCCUUUUGUUUAUUGCAGAAUCCUGUUUACUUUAUAAAUUGCAUAGAUAUGCUGGCAGCUUGUUUUGUAAUUUGUUACUAUUUGAAGAUUCAAAAAAACACCUCAAAUGUAUGGUCUGGAUUUGCAUGUGUUCUUAUUGGUGCUCGUACUCCUUAUCUCCUCUGAGCUACUUGUCCUAAUAUGUAGGAUAAACCAUAGCUUGGGAUUUUGAAAAAUCCAGAAGGGUGUGAUUUAUUAAUGUCACAGCUCAAAAAGACCUCGGUAGAUAUUUUUCACUUUUUUUGUUUCAAAGAACGAACUAGGUGGUAACUAAAUUGCCACCUCAUAUCAAGUCCUGUAAACAUGCAGUUUUAACAGGGCACGGUCACAGUUUCAUGUAAUUUUCUCAAAGUGUUGACUAAGUGUAUAAUAGCUUUUACUAAACUGUCCAAAUUUAUUUUUUUGCUACUUCCCUAUCUUUAAGACACUCACUCUGCUGAUAUGACUCCUUUUGGGAUUUUGCCUGCUGAAAGUUGUGACCAUUGUUAAUGAGUUGCAGCCAGGCUUCUAUAACCUGAUUUGUACCAUCACAUAAUGUUCACACACCUGCUUGUCCAAUUGGAGCCACUUGGCAGUAAUCAUGGAAUUAGGAAUGGCUUCCAGUUUGUUUCCCUCCAAAUUUUGGGAAGCUAGAGCUAUUUUUUAGAACCCACUGUUGCCAUCUCAGUUAAGAUUAACCAAUGCAAAAUUGACUUGGCAUUGAAUCUGGGACAUCCCUGGUCUGUGCAUGGGAAUGUGUUGUCUGUUAAAAACCAUUUUAAUUGGUUUUAUAUAGUUCUAUGACAAAAUGUAAGAUGGUUCUGAAGCAAACAUGCAGAAUAAAUGAGAACGAUGUAUAUUAAUGGGAACUAAAAUACUCAACUAUAUGGUUUUAAAUAUGGAUGGAGAAUCUAAGAGCUCACUGGCUUUUCAUUGCAGAUGCAACUUGCAUUCUUGUAUAUAUUUAACACUCAUAGAAAAAAAAGAGUAUUUUAUUCUGAACUUAUGUAAGGAGACCUUUUAGUUUCCAUGUGUGAGGUUACACAUCUACCUCUUUUACUGACCUUUUAGCUGCUAUGGUAACAUAAAUAUGGCACUAUUCAGGUCCAGUGACAUUGCAAUAGGUGUAUUGCAUCAUGCAAUACCAAUCCUAUUGGCAAGAUAAGAAACUAGAUUAUUAUUUCAGUUUCUGUUCGGAAUUUAUAAUUUUGUUAAAGUUUUACGUUGACAAUUUAAUCAACAACAUCUAUCUGGUCUUCCACACCAAAUAGGAUGUCCACCAGUUUGGUAGUUAACUUUCACACUGGUCUGCCAAAGGGCUGGUAUUUGUACCAGUUGAUCUGAUUCUUUGUUUCAGUGUUUCAUAUUUUGUUUAUUCCAAGUUUUUCUACUUAAUUUUGUUGUGCAGAAAUAUAUGAUGCAAAACUUAAAAUGCAUAUUUCCUCCCAGAUGUUUACAUAACUGUACCUCACCAUUGCAAACCUGGCCUUUUAUGUAUUGAGAUCCCUUUUUGCACAAGUUGACCUAACAGUGGCAUUUAAAGUUAACAUUAUUAGUAAAGGUACUAGUAGCUAUUGAAUUUGCAAUUAUAGUUUUUUUAAUAAAUUACUUAUGGAUUAAAGACAUAGUCAAAUCUGGAAAGUGAUCUGGACUUUGAAAACAGAUGAAGAUGGUGAGAUUAAUAAAAUAGUACAAUAAGUGUCAAAUGUUAGACUUGAGCAAAUUUGAUUGAAUUUAUAAAUCAACUUAGCUAGUAGUCUUAAAGAAUAAUCUUGAAGUUAAAUUGCAUGCCACAACUUCAAGAUUCUCUGUUAUGCAGUUACAUAGACAAAAAGUUGAUGGGGCUAUAAUUUUGCCCAUUCUAAUUACCAAAAGAGGUCCACUUUACAUGAUUUAUGUCAGGGAAGUGUUCAAAAAGAAUCAUAUCUAUUGAAUGAUGGAUGAUGUGAAUUUUGAUUUAUGUAAUCUAAUUUCAUUGGCUUGGUGAAACAAUGACUUAUGUUACAGUGCAAGUUGACAGCAUUUGAAAUUUUUAAAAAAGGGAGUAACUGUAGACCAUGCAUGUAUAAUUUGUUUUUUGGGCUCUACUGGAUGAAGAAAUGCAACUUGCACAAUGCAGGAGUGCUAUAAUUGGCCAUUUUGGCACAAUGUAGGGGUGUUAUAAUUGGCAUUAGUCCAUUUUGGGUUAGGGUCAGAUUAAAGCAGUCAUGAUUCUGACUCCUAAUUGCUGUGAAUUGGAAAGUUGGGUCAUGCUGAGUGAAAAAGGACAGGAUUAAACUUUAAUAUCUUCAUGAUUGAAUAACAUACUGAGAUUAAUUACACAAGAGUCAGGAGUUCAGUAGAGUAUUGAUAGUCUGUAGAACAGUCAAUAAGUUCAUGAAACCCGAGAAAUUGAACUUGCCUAGAAGUACAAUUUUCUACCUCUAUAGUGUUUUCUUAUAUAAACAGUUUUAGUUUCAGCCAUUUGUCAUUGUUAAGUCAAUUCACUGCAAACUCAGAAAGCUGGGCCAUUUGUGGAACCUCCUGCAUCUUGAGCUAGAUCAAGAACAGCUUUCCUUUUGGGAAGUUGGGAAUCUCCAUGGAAUUUAAACUUUCUCCAUAAAUAAUAAGGUUUUGCGUCAACAGGUUUUUAGUUAGUGUGGUAUAAUAAUUUCCUCUCAAUCAUUUCUGGAUUCCUGUUUCAAAAUAAUCACACUAGAAAAGUUCUGUUCUUGAUAUGAAUGUAUGUAGUAAUUGAACACUAAUUGGCUACUCAGUAACUCAGUUUUAUCAUUUGCUAGCAGAUUGAUAGGAGACUCAUGUCAGAUGUAAUAAAAUUGUAAACAUAUUUAUAAAGAAUGAAUUUAAUACUUGGCUGUACAUAAAAUACAGUGAAAAUGUGGUCCAUUAGAAAAUUAGUUCUGCUGAAAAUUGCUUGCCUGUACAUAACUAAAUUUCAGGUAAAUGGACUUGUUUAAAGAAAAAUUAAGUUUUCCUAUCCAUUUAGUUUGCAAAUGUAGAGCUUGAUAUUUGGUUAAGCACACCCUAAAUAUGUAUAUUUUUACUUUUGGUGUGGAAAAAUAUUUUCACUGUUCCUCAAAUCCAGGACAAAUCAAACCAUUUGAUAAGACAGGAAAGACAUACUACUAUCAUUCCUUCCUAUUAUUUAACUUUCCCCUCAAUGCAAGAGGGAAUAAAUCUUCUCAAAAUAAUUUAAGGGAAUAUAUCAUAAAAGUUACUGCUGACAGGUUAAUGCAAAGUGAAUUAUUUCUCCUUUCAGCUUGCAUUCUCACAAAGGUUCUGACUGGUUUUAAUUUUUAAUGACCUAUAGGUGGCCUAUAAUUUCAGAAGUACUAUGAAAAGAUACACUUGUGACCAAGCAUUAAAUUAGAUGUAGGACGUUGAAAUUAGGAAAUAAUUUCUUUGCUUAUUUUCAGGUCUCGAUGUUGGAGGAAUCACAUUGAUUAUUCCAUUAUAUUUUUCUCUCCAGCUGUGAUUAAAAUUCUUCAGAAAUAUAUAUUUGAGGAUUGUUGGCAUUUUGUGGUAGUUGCCCUCUUUUUGUAUUGAAUUUGGCUCUGCUUUGUUCUGUCAAUGUUAUCUAAUGGAAAGACAAACCUUCAUUGGGCUUUUGAAUUUAGUCUGAACUUCAAUGUUGCUAGGUGACGAAAAAUAUUAUAGCAUGCAUAGGUAGGCAGGCCUAUGUCAUAUCAAAAUAUUUUUGAUGACAGCUUUGGAAAAAAAGUCUUAAUUUGAAUCCGUAUAUGCUUAGUAGAUUUUCCAGUAAAUGUAAAGCAGAAUUGACAUUAGCAGGUAGUGGUAAUGGAAAGCUUUCCAUGUUACAGAAGCUGUGAAUUUUACAGCAAAAAGAAAAGAUAUAUUGCAAAAAAAGGAAUGUAACGCAGAGUGCAUUACUCAAUACAGCAUCACCCAAGGCACUCUUGAGUUUUCUCUUGCACAUAGGAGAGAUAGGAGAAUGAUAAUGCGUGAAAAUGAAUGUUAUUUUUGUCAAUAACAUUAGUGUGUAAUUUGAAUGCAAUUUUAAAUUAUUUUAUAUUUGCUUUUAAAUGGUUAGAGUAAAUGUGGUGUCUGGAUUUAUCUGAACCCUGACUGAUGACACAAUCCCAGUAACUAUCUGGCUGUAGCUCCACUUUGAAGUACAAAGGAUAGUGCUGUAUGAAAUCUAGUAACGAGUGAGCUUUCAUUGAAGAUUUUUGUUUGCUUCUUGCCUUGAAGCAUUUUAAUUUUAGGGGAAUAGUAGGGGAGGGAUGUGGGGUGGGACCUGUUUAUAUCAGAGAUGUCUGGGGUCAGGUAGGGCAUCUGCAGUGUUUGGCCAGUGAUAUCCCAGCCAUUGUGUACAUCACCAAGGACUUUUGGAUUUAACCCACACAGCUAGGAACAGUUGACUCACACGUUGUGAGCAAAGAUGAGUCCACACAUCAUACAGUAUUAAUACAAUGUGAUAAUGCUUCCAUUUACACAUUUCAGAACUGACAGAGGUCUCUCCACUCACCAGUUAAACCUUUUGAAGACUUAAUGACGUUCCUGCAACAAAAGAAGUCAACAGUUUUGAAAAAAAUACAGUACUGUGACAUAAAAAGCAAUUCUAUGUUUAGAUUCCAGUGAUUGUAUUUUAUAAUCCACUUUUGAAAUUUACACAAUUUCUACAAAUACUAUAACAGAUGAUGUGUACAGUAUAAUUGUUAAAUGCAAUAUGUCACAAUGUUGCAUAUAUCUAAACUUGUAUAUAAUGGGAAUGCUUAUAUCAAUUCAGGCAAAGUCAGGAACAUAUAUGAACUGGGUAAAUCCUUGCUUUUAUCAGGUACUUCCUUAUAUCAGAUUGUACAGAAGUAGAUUUUAAUUAUAUGUACCUGGGAAGCAGAGAAAAAGGUAUUGGUACUCAAAGGUUGAGAUAAACUAACAAACUUAGUUAAUUCAUGUUUGAUCGUUCUUUGCUAUUACCAAGUAGUGAUGAAAAGUGUUACCAACACCUUAACCCAAAGAGACUUCCUGUCAAAGAAGUAAUCUUGUGAUUGCCUGCAACGCAUUAUUACAUGGACAUUUUUCCAGUAUUUACCUCAUAUGAAAGCAAUGCAGAUUUUCUAUUGUCUUGCCAACAUAAUUACAAGGUGGUAAACAUAAAAUAUUUACAGAUGUACAGUACCUGGUUAUUGUAAUGUAAAAUGUCUGUUGUAUUUAUUUUCCAGAAUCUUGUAUAAGCAGCACACUGAACCAAAAUGGUGAUGAUUGAGGCUGUGCAUGUAACCAAUAGUUUACAUUUUUUGUACAUUGUUCACCUUUGUAAGAGUCCAUAUUUAAACCAUGAUUAAAAAAAAAAAAUCUGAAACCAAAACAAUUUCAGACGAAACUGCAUGAACAGUCGGUCUGGAGCACAAUGAUUAAAAGUUUCUGAAUUAC